AUGAACGUGUUGUGCCUUCUGGUGUUAAGUUGCGUAAUCGGCGCGUACGCAGGCAGUUUGCCUUCAUUUUUCACACCAUGCUCCAAAUCAGAUCCUCAGCUUAGCGAAUGUGUGCAGAAGGUGAUAUCAGUCUCCGGGGCCAAAUUUACUGAGGGCAUUCCGGAGUUAGGCAUCGCUAAGCUAGACCCUGUCCAGAUAGGCACCGUGGUGGUAAACAACCCAUCUCUGCAGAUCACGUUCACUGACACCAUUGUUACCGGUUUGAAGGAUUUUAGAGUCAAUAAUUAUAAGAUAAACCUAGAGAAAGGAAAAGCGACGUUGGACUUCACGGCGAACGUGACACUAAAUGCUGAGUAUGAAAUGAAUGGGAAAUUGUUGAUUCUCUCCAUCAAGGGCAAGGGACAGGCUAAAAUCAAAAUCACAAACUUGAACAUCGUGGUGAAGUAUGAUUUCAAUGAGUCCAAUGAUCACUGGAUCAUCACCGGAUACAAGGACCACUUCAAAAUGGAUCGCGCCUAUUUCAAGUUUAACAAUUUGUUUAACGGCAACAAGCAACUUGCGCAAACUACAGAAAAAUUCACAAAUGAGAAUUGGGAGCUCAUUAUGAACGAGAUUGCGCCCCCUGCCAUCAAGCAAAUCAUCACAAAAUGUGUUGAAGUUGUCAAUUCCAUAUUUAAGAGCGCACCGCUCACUGAAUUGUUACUUCCCUGA